AGGGCACAGGUCUGUUCACGAGGUCUCCAUUUUCUUUAUCUAAUGAUCCCUUAGGUCUCAUUCUAAAUACAAUGACCCUAAAGACUAGGGGUUCAGCAUAAGACACACAGUGUGACCGUACACCAGUGCGAAAUGUUGCAUAAGAAGUUGUAGGACAGCUUCUCAACACUGUCUCGGCACCAACGCACUGCACACUGCCCUUUGCUCUCCCUGCUUCCAUAUCUAACCCUAGUGGAUCCUUGUUUGCAUGGGAACCUUUUAGAUUUCCUGGUAGCUUUGGGUUUUGCCCAGUCUGAGCAUCUGGGACACUUAGUUCCAUGAUGGUACUUGUGUUUUCUUUGGUCUUCUUACUUACUCUUGUUUCCUGUAGACCAGACAGUUUAAAAAUUUGGGGGGCUGGAGAGAUGGCUCAGUGGUUAAGGGCACUGACUGCCCUUCCAGAGGUCCUGAGUUCAAAUCCCAGCAACCACAUGGUGGCUCACGACCAUCUGUAAUGGGAUCUGAUGCCCUCUUCUGGUAUGUUUAUAGACAGCUACAGUGUACUCAUAUAAAUAAAAAUUAAUGAAAAAUAUUAAAAUGUUGUUAUGUAAGAGUCAAAAAUACCAUUUUAUGUUUAUAGAUAUACUCUAAAAUUGGCUCUCUUGGUCCUAUCUUAUUCCUAAUAAGAACAAAGCCCCAGAAUGUUCCACACUUUCAGCAAAGUGGCUUGUUACCAUGGUGACAAGGAAUCUGCUUAUUCUGAGUCAGGGUUCUCUGUUCUCUUGCUUUUGGGAGAAUAUUUAAAAAACCGAUCCAAAUACCUUCUUGUAUACUUGACAGUGUGGCCUGUUCAGGAUAUAUCUAAAUAGCCUUAGCUUACAAAUAUGGCAGCCCAGCUAAGGUAUAUUAGAAGAGAGGGACAGUCCCUUGAAUUGAGAUUCUGUCACCUUGUGAGGACUUCAAAACAGACUGUGGUGGGCUUCUUACAGGCACGGGAGCUGCACGUUUCUGAGAACUUGAGCUCACUGCCGCCUCCUCCCCUUGUGCGGAUCUGACCAGCCAGCUCGCUGCCAUCCACCGAGAGGAACCGUUCUUCAUGCAGUUGUUGAAGCCAUAAACUCGAGGAUCCUUGAUGCUUCUCCACCUUCUAACUUUAGGACAGAUGCUUCAGCACAGACUGCCUCCCUGGCUUCCUGUUACACGGGUCUGCCUCACUCACCUCCUCAGCUCCAAGCCGAAGCCCCCCAGUUCCCUUUGCUGGGUGCCACAGACACAGUUACCGAGGCUCUCGCUAACCCUAGUAUGAGGUUUAAAACAGAAUCUGGGCCUAAUCCCAGGAAAGCGGAUGAAUUUCUAGGGCCUUUCCAAGAGCCUGAGAAGCUGGGCAUCUGUUAUGCACCUUAAGCCAUACUGGAAGCUCCAGAAGAAAGAGCGGCCUCUGAGCCACGGAAACACGGACGGUGAUGCGAAGGGCAGAGCUAACUGCAUGAAACCCACCCCCUCCCCUUCCGCCUCUCCUGUCAAAGCAUCAUCUAGGAAGCCUUUCGGGAUCCUUUCUCCAAAUGUCCUGUGCAGCAUGAGUGGGAAGAGCCCCGUGGAGAACAGCUUGAGUGUUAAAGCCACAAGGAAUGCGCCGUCUGCAGCCGUGCAGCAGACUGAAGGAGGCCUGCCGGGGAGCUGGGCUAUUGUCAAACCUGGAAACACCAAGGAGAAAAUUGCGUUCUUUGCAGCCCACCAGUGCAGCAAUAGGAUAGGCUCUAUGAAAAUAAAAAGCUCCUGGGAUAUCGAUGGGAGAGCCACUAAACGAAGGAAAAAAUCAGGGGAUCUUAAGAAAGCCAAGUUACAGCUAGAAAUGAUGAGGGAGAUCAACAGCCAGUGCUACCAGUCGGAGCCAUUUGCCUGUGGUGUCGAGCACUGUUCUGUGCAUUACAUGAGUGACAGUGGGGACGGUGUCUAUGCUGCGAGGCCUCUGUCAGUGAUACAGAUGGUUGCCUUCCUCGAGCAGAGAGCCACUGCUCUGCUAGCUAGCUGCACAAAAAACUGCACAAAUUCGCCUGCCAUUGUGAAGAUUUCUGGCCAGUCCCGAGGUAUGCCACCUGUACCUGAGCCCUUCUCUGCUCCAGACACUUGUGAAGAAUCCAAGGAAAGAGAAAAUCCUGAGAUUGGCAGAUCCCAGAGUGAGCCAGUCCGUGUCCUUGACAUGGUAGCCAGGUUGGAGUCCGAGUGCCUGAAGCACCAGGGCCAGCGGGAACCUGGGAGCUUGUCACGGAAUAACAGCUUCCGUCGGAAUGUAGGCAGGGUGUUGCUCACAAACGGCUCUCAGGCCAGCGACAAAAACGGAGAGGGCUCUGCAGACACGCCCGGCACUCAGGUGCACCCCUUGCAGCUGGUAUCUGUGGGUGAAGGACCCCCUGCAACUGACCGUUCUGCAGGGGAGCAGGCCUGGGAUGGCACUUCUCAGGGCUGUCCCUCAUUGCCGGCUGAUGUGAGCUUCCACACAGACAGCACCGAAUCAGAGCCGGCUCUGCAUACAGCUGUGAAACACUGCAGCCGCAAUGAUGUAGAAAUGGCAGAGGAAUUUGAUGAAUUGCCUACAGAUGCUGUCAGCUGUAGAGAGCUUGUAACACUCACAAGCCACAGUCCUGAGCAGAGACAAGAACCUCUGUGCGUUAGCAUCACUGUGUGCACAGUGGAGAAAGCCCAGCCAUCUGCGCUAGACCCCCUUGAAGAGCCUCUUCCUGGGAUGCUGUUCUUUCUGUCACCUGGGCAGGACCAGCAGGCGCACCCCCAGUUGAGUGAACACCCAGCACCAGAGGCGACAGAGGCCAGUCAGCCUCCAGAUGCUGCUGAGGGCAGCAGUGCCCGUGAGGAGAAAGAUGCCUCUCUGGAGCCGCUUGUUCCAGCAGCCUCUGGGGAAGGAAGCACCUCACAGGGGCUUGAGGCAGCCACGUGUAAGAAGCAGGUGUCUCAGGACUUCCUGGAGACCAGGUUUAAAAUCCAGCAACUUCUGGAACCUCAGCAGUACAUGGCAUGCCUGCCUCACCACAUCAUGGUGAAAAUCUUCAGGUUACUCCCGACCCUGAGCUUAGCAAUCCUUAAAUGUACCUGCCGCUACUUCAAGUCCAUCAUUGAAUACUACAACAUCAGGCCAGCGGACUCUCGGUGGGUCCGAGACCCGCGCUAUAGAGAAGACCCUUGCAAGCAGUGCAAGAAAAAGUAUGUGAAAGGGGACGUGUCCCUGUGCCGGUGGCACCCCAAACCCUACUGCCAGGCAUUGCCGUAUGGGCCUGGGUACUGGAUGUGCUGCCACCAGUCUCAGAAGGGCUUUCCGGGCUGUAAGUUAGGCCUUCAUGACAAUCACUGGUUACCCGCCUGCCACAGCUUUAAUCGGGCAAUCCAUAAGAAAUCAAGAGGGAGUGAAACGGAAGAAGAGUACUGAAGGCCAGCCUUCAGGGGUGCGACCUCGCCCAGCCCUUCUGGAUCUCUGCUCAGAUCUGACUGCCACUGCUCAGGCAUUUUAAACUGUUUCCCAGCUAUACAGGAGAUUAGCUCCAUGACUGUAUGGUGGUGCCUCACUUUAACCUAUCCAGCUGUGAAGGACUCCUGCCUGCUUUCCUCCAUCCAGGACAUUCAGAGGUCACCAGGCAGUCUCCACAAGGGGACCCUGAAGGGCUCCAACACUGGCUCUGUAUCUGGAGUGAGUGAGAAGGAAAGCAAACCUUUGAGAAUUUAUGCCUCAAAAAAGAAAAAGCAGGCACCUUAGCCUAGCCCCUGUGUGCUUGUUCCUGUGAGAAUGGUGAUGGAGACGGGUAUGCCCUGUGGUGUUUACAGUGUACAUAAUGGGUGUUUGCACAGGGCUGUGACGUGCACAUUAAACCAGAGCGCCUUUACCUGUAGAUGAGUGCUUUGCCCUCUGUAAAUAACGUGAUUAAAAUUCAGUAUUGUAUAUUAUGAACAGCUGACUAAGCAUAAUCACCACAGAAUAAGACUAUCAUAUAAUAGAUUAAAAUGUUGUGCAUCCUUUUAUCUGGUUAAAAUUUUUUAAAAAAACUUCAAUAAAAAAUAAACAUUUUAAAUGUG